AUGCCAGCUUUAAACUUUAGUCGCGGCGUCGACGACGAGCAUCUUAUCGAAAAGUACGACUCCCCAGAUCCCGUCGAUCACGACAAUCAAGAGGCCAAGGUUGCGUACGACAAGGCUUAUCGCGCUAGGCUUCGCGCGACCUACAAUUGGAUGCCACCAGAGACGUACCUCUCACGUGCAUACAACAUCUACAAUCUCUCGCCUCUCUCUAAAUUCAAAUAUCGAGUAGAUUCAUCAGAAAUGAGCGAGCGUUAUGGCCCAGCAAAUAUAACACCCCUUAUAAACUACUCCGACUUGGAACACUCACUUAGAAGCUUCGUUUCAUCACGUCAUUACGUACCAAUCGAGUUGAUUGAUGUGCAGAUAAAUAAAGGUUUGGAUAUGGCUUUGCCUGGAACUAUCAUGUUCUAUAUCGUUUGCCCUUCUAUUACUGCGGCCGACGGUACUAAUGUCCUCACAACUGGCGACUUGGAAGUCUCUUACAACACCGAUCCACCACCUAAAACAUGGACCAAUGCUGCUAGAGCUCAAGCUUCCGAAGAGUAUGACAAAUUUCUUGAUGAAUGCAAUAGGAAGAAACUCGCAGAGGAUAAGCGCAACAGAAAUGAAACCGAUGACCAUAGGAAAAUGAGGAAUAAGCAAUAUGACCGCGUCGUCAGCUCUAAAAAGGAGGCGCUUCUUCCCGACGUACCAACCCUUGAAGAAAAAUACCCUUCCAAAACAAGCGUAUUUGUCAUUCUUCCUCGUUCUGAUCCCUUUGAAAACGACCCGAGGGAUGACCCAACUAUAGCAAAGUGGCCCAUCUUGCUAGAAGGUGCAAUGGACUCGCAAGUUGUUCAGCUGUUUAGAGAAUGGAUGGGCUGGAGGCUAAAUGGUGUCUGGUCGCAGUCCAACUUGCAUACAGGUCAUGAAAUAAUCGACAGCUUUAUCGAAAACACAUGGUGGUAUUCUGAGUACUACAACGUGCUUCCUAAGAGACAAAAUGAGUUUUCUGUUGGAUGGGCUUUGCCUCUGCAAGUCGGGAAAAAUAUUGACGUCGUCGACAUAACAAUAUCUCAUACCCAAGUAAGCAAGUUGGCCAAGUCAGGCGCUCGUGAAGACAAUAUUCCGAGGCUUCUACCACGGAUUAAGGAGGUUCUUAUAAGAAAUACCGGUUUGCAGUUAGAUAGGUGGAUUCCAGUCAAAGCCACCCUCUGUGGAAUUACCAUAGAUCUUUCACAGAAGAAGAGAAUCAGAGUGAAUCCAACGGCGCAUCUCAGCAAGGAUUACGAGUGGAAUAACGAUAAAGAAGCACUUGAAGAAUUCAGACUGGCUAACUUCCUAAGGUGGCUUGUUGCUGCGUUUGACCAAAGGUCUAAUACCGCUGCUGUUGAAAGAUCCUUGUCGAGGAGAGAGACUAACGUUAGCUUCAAAAAGCGUCCUAGAGUUGUUAAGCAUGUACCGGGUGCUAAGGAUAGACCAGCGUUCAAGCGACCAAAAAUUGAUAAAGGUGCCCGGGCGCAAAGGAUUGCGGAGAAGAGUCAAAUUCGAGGGAAGGAAGCAGAAUUAGCGGAUGGACAGGAAGUUGAACAUGAAGACAAGGAGGGCGUUGAGUCUAAGGGUGAAGACUCUCAGAAGGUACUUGAGGAUGCUGAAAGAGAGCGCGAUAUUGAAGGCGGCUACACAGAGAAGAAAUCUAAGGCAGCUGGGGCAACUGAAAAGCAAACGGACGGUCAAGAUGUCGCAGAGCUCACUGCAGAGCCUACGGGUGCCGAGUCUGAAGAAGCUGAUGCAGAGCAAGAGAGUAGGAAGGAGACCGAUGAAAAAAACAAAGCAGGUAUGAUUAAGACGCAGCGUCCAAGAGAUUCAAACACCCAGAUACGGUAUGGCAAAGCAAACAAAGAAGAAGCUGAAAAGGAGCUGAAAAAGCGUGAAGCAAGGGCUCGACGUUUAAGAGAGAUGACACGGGAAGACAAUGGCAAUGUCGAGGAAAGUGUGCAAAGACUUGAAGAGCGAACUGCUAUGGAAGGACGUGAAAGGCGAAUGACAGGAGUUGAGACGGAGAGUGAAGAAGUAUAA